AUGUUGAGGUGCGAGUUUGAGGUUUUUGGUAAAGUUCAGGGUGUCUCCUUCAGGAAAUACACAUUUCUUAAGGCUAAUGAACUUGAUAUUUUUGGGUGGUGCAAAAACACUUCUUCUGGUACUGUAAUUGGCGAGCUUGAGGGAGAUGAAGAUUCUGUUCUCAAAAUGAUUGAUUUUUUGAAAAAAGAGGGUAGCCCUGGUUCUGUAAUUAAUAAAUGUGUGGUUUCGAAUAGUCAGACCGUGACAGAACACGUAUUCGACUCAUUUAGAAUAAAAAUGUGA